CCAGCCGGCUGUAAGACGAUCGCGGCCGAGCCGGCAGCGCGCGGGCACACACUCGCAUUCCUGUCAAGCCGCCUCGGAGCAGGCGUGGAUGUGCAGCCUUCACGCGAGCCCCCGAGCGGCGGAGGGGCGCAUGGCCCGCGCGCUGUGAAGGGGCCAUGGGGGUGCCCCCCGGCCUAGCGCUGCUCGCCCUGGCGCUGGCGCUCGCCCCGACUCCCGGCGCCCGCAGGCUCAGCCGCGUGCAGCACGGGCCCUGCGCCUACACCUUCGUGCUGCCGGAGCUGGACGCGGGCUGCGCGGGCGACGCGCUCAGCAACAACGCGCUGCAGCGGGACGCGCCCCACGCCGAGCCCGAGCCGCCUGCGCGCCGGCUGCAGCACCUGGAGCACGCCAUGGAGAACUACACGCAGUGGCUGCAGAAGCUUGAGAAUUACAUCGUGGAAAAUAUGAAGUCGGAGAUGGCCCAGAUACAGCAGAACGCAGUUCAGAACCACACGGCCACCAUGCUGGAGAUCGGGACCAGCCUCCUGACACAGACCGCAGAGCAGACCCGGAAGCUGACGGACGUGGAGACCCAGGUACUAAAUCAAACUUCUCGACUUGAAAUACAACUGCUGGAGAAUUCAUUGUCAACGUACAAACUAGAGAAGCAACUUCUCCAACAGACAAAUGAAAUUCUAAAAAUUCAUGAAAAAAACAGUUUGUUAGAACAUAAAAUCUUAGAAAUGGAGGGAAAACACCAGGAGGAGUUGGAUGCCUUAAAGGAGGAGAGAGAGAACCUUCAAGGCCUGGUCACUCGCCAGUCCUCCAUAAUCCAAGAGCUGGAGAAGCAGCUGAACAGAGCAACCAGCAACAACAGUCUGCUCCAGAAACAGCAGCUGGAGCUCAUGGACACCGUGCACAACCUCGUCAGCCUUUGCACGAAAGAAGGUGUUUUGCUAAAGGGAGGAAAAAGAGAGGAAGAGAAACCAUUUAGAGACUGUGCAGAUGUAUAUCAAGCUGGUUUUAAUAAAAGUGGAAUCUACACUAUUUAUAUUAAUAAUAUGCCAGAACCCAAAAAGGUAUUUUGCAAUAUGGAUGUGAACGGGGGAGGCUGGACUGUUAUUCAGCAUCGUGAAGAUGGGAGUCUAGAUUUCCAGAGAGGCUGGAAGGAAUAUAAAAUGGGCUUCGGGAACCCGUCCGGAGAGUACUGGCUGGGGAACGAGUUCAUCUUUGCCAUCACCAGCCACAGGCAGUACACGCUGAGGAUCGAGCUGCUGGACUGGGAGGGCAACCGCGCCCACUCGCAGUACGACAGGUUCCACAUAGGCAGUGAAAAGCAGAACUACAGGUUGUAUCUGAAAGGCCACACAGGGACUGCGGGGAGGCAGAGCAGCCUGGUCCUGCACGGCGCUGACUUCAGCACGAAGGACGCAGACCACGACAACUGCAUGUGCAAAUGCGCACUCAUGCUGACGGGAGGCUGGUGGUUUGACGCCUGUGGCCCCUCCAAUCUAAACGGGAUGUUCUACACCGCGGGGCAGAACCACGGGAAGCUGAACGGCAUCAAGUGGCACUACUUCAAGGGGCCCAGCUACUCCUUACGGUCCACCACCAUGAUGAUCCGGCCUUCGGACUUCUGAACGCACCGUGCUGGAAGCAGCCUCCGAAGCAGCCAGUCUGGAGCAGCUGCCAGCUGAGAGACUGUGAAAGCUUCGGGACCAGCAACACCGACUCCUUUCCAGCAGCAGGAGGCAGUCAUGGAUGCCCUGGGGCCUCUGGGUUGCGAGGUCUCUCCUCAGUCACCCUGUGUCACCCCAUGCCACUGGCUGCUGUGGCCUCAGAGGGGGAGAGGCUGCGCCUCACACUGCUAGCGGAUCGCACUGCAGAGCUAUCAGAGCAGUAACAAGCCGGCUUAUUUCUCAGAAAACCAGGAGCAAAGAAGGAUACACGUGGAGCCUGGAACCGGCCUCCGUAAGCCUUUGGGAAGGAUGUGUUACAUCAGCAAAACGGUUUUAUCUCUACCCAGACCUGCUAACAGAUAAGUUUAUACUAUUGUACAAUUUUGAUAAAAGUUCAAAAAGAAUAACAUCGCCUUCUGUGUUGUUAAAUGUUGGUGGAUUUCAGAAGCCAAGUUCCAGCGCCGUAUUUCUGAGAUGAUUCCAGUUAACCCAUCUUCACAUGUAAAUUCCGUUUCGUAAGCCAUAAUAAAUUGUAGUGUGUGGAGGAGAGCAGUGUACGUGGAGACGCCCACUAUGUGACUUCAGAGGCAGAUUUCAGAAAGAGAUGGACAGGACCACGUGCCGACAGAACACGUGAAAAUUAAAUCCUCUCCAUGCUGCAGUUUCCAUUUACUUAAAAACUGACUGACUGAUAUGCAGAUAUAUUUAUAGCCUGAAUAACGUUUAAAGAAUGUGAAAUAUAUCAAGUUCUUAAAAUACGACACACACGUUUGAUAUUUCCUUUGCUACCAUAUAGACAGCAGGACGUGGAGUCUGUGGAGCCGAAGGGACGCUAAGGGACUCGGCGCGGGGAUUUCACAGGGUCCCUCCUGCGUGUGGGGCGGGUGUGCCGCUUCGUUACCGUGAGUGAGUUUCACACCGUCAGUGCUUUGGCUUGUUAGCUCAUGAGAUUUUUUUUCUCUUUUUUUGCUAAUUAACUGAUUGAACAUGUUUAUGAGGUUCACCUUCCUCCAGUUUCUGUAAGAGAUACAUACAGAAGCCUGCAAAACACAGCGCACCACACAGUGUGUGGUAGUGUGUCCCCAGCACGUGACGUCCACACUCCCAGAAUCGCUGCCUGACCUGCAGCGCACCCCGUGGCCCCGAGUGAUACCCACAUCCACAUGUUCAAAGAAGCUCCUACAGCACGUGAUUAAAUGCGUCCCUCUCCCCGUUUUCUUCCUUCAGGCUGUUCCUUUAGGUUUUAUUUUUUACAUUAAUAUCAAUAGAGAAAAUUGGCAUAACUCUCAAUAUUAUAAGUAAAAAGUAGUCACAAAAACCACAAGCAGUUAACUAGGGAAAUUCUGACUCCAGCUGUGAUAACUCUUUUCAUGAAAAUAUUGGUCCAGAGUUACAGCUCAGGGCCUGCCUGGCAAACACAAGGUUGUGAGUUCGCUUCCCAACACCCAAAAGAUAAAAAAUAAAAACAAUAAUGAAAAUCUCCCAUGGGAUGAUCUACUGUAAGUGGAUUUGGGGGCCCGCUUUCAUGGUGACUUUAGUUACUACAGCACUCUGUGAAGGAGGGCUCUCCGCAUGUCCGUGUUCAGCACUAUGACAGUGAACGAUUUAAAAUCAAAAUGUAGGUUAUUGCUAAAAGGAAAUGGAAGCAAAUAUCAGGUCUCCUUUCUUAGAAAAGGGAAGGGUUUUUUCAAGGUAAUGAUACCAAAACUUCAGGCUUCACGAUUUCAUUAUUCUAAGGGGCUUUCUGCUAUUUGGGAGAAUCAAGCUCUUUGCAUUUUGAAGAAAAAAGUUUUAAAGCUUACCACUGAGUAUUUUUAUAUUUAUGUGUUGUGUAUACAAUCUCUCUUUGUGCCUUAGAAGUGUUACAGUUUUCUGCCUUAGAGUUUGCAGGGGUUACAGUUUUCUAUGUUUAGUGGCUCUCUGACAACACCAUUAAAGGUCUUUCCCAAAGACUUUUAACCCUUCUUUGCUUUAAGUAAAAGAAAAGUGGGUAUUUUGUUAUUUUGUGUCACAGGUUUUCCUUUUUCCUUCCUCUCAUCUUACUUCCUUUCUUCCUUCAUUGUUCCUUAUUACUAUCUUAAACUGUCUUUUAAGUGAAUAUACAAAACCACUCAAAAAGCAGGAAAAAUUUCAUUAAAGGUAUUACAUUGUCACGCCUUUUUCUUUCUGCUUUCAAUCUUACAUUUUGAAGUUUGCUAUUUAAUGUUAUACAAAGAAAACAAAAAUUUAAAUUGUUACAAUAAAUACUACAGUUCGUUUUUAUUUCGUGCAAUAACAAUUUUAAAUACAAACAAUAAAAUCUCUUUCUUUUCUUCCUUUGGAUAAGAAAUAUUACUUCCCAACCCACAGUACAAAAAUAAAAUGAAGUAAUAGGAAAAGAAGAAAACAUUAUACCCUCAGUUUUGUUGUCUGGGUGUGAAAAGUGAGUAGUUUUCAUUAUUUAUAGUGCAGCAGAGUGAAAUGUGCCUGGCCCCCUUCCCUGUGUUGUACAGAGCCCACGUGUGUGGUCAUUUAACAUCCUGAUCCUUUGCAUUUAAUUUUCAGGAUAAUAUAACUAGGUACUAGAAUCUUGCCUUUACAUUUUUACUUCAGUAAAAUUAAUGUGGUUUCUAUGUGGAUUUUUUCAUAUCACAACAUUAUUUCAUUUAAAUAAAAUUCAAAAUAACGUUUGUGCAA